GGCAGGCGACGAAGCCGACGGUGCAGGAGCGCUUCGCCUUCCUCUUCAACAACGAGGUGCUCAGCGACGUCCACUUCUUGGUGGGGAAAGGCCGAGCGGGGGCCCAGCGCCUCCCCGCCCACAGGUUUGUGCUGGCUGUGGGCAGUGCGGUCUUUGAUGCCAUGUUCAAUGGCGGGAUGGCUACUACGUCCUCCGAGAUAGAACUACCCGACGUGGAACCGGCUGCUUUCCUUGCUUUGCUGAAGUUUCUCUAUUCUGAUGAGGUUCAGAUAGGGCCGGAGACCGUGAUGACGACCCUCUACACCGCUAAGAAGUACGCUGUCCCCGCGCUCGAAGCCCACUGUGUGGAGUUCCUCAAGAAGAACCUCAGGGCAGAUAACGCCUUCAUGCUCUUAACGCAGGCUAGACUUUUCGAUGAGCCCCAGCUGGCAAGCCUUUGCCUGGAAAACAUAGAUAAGAACACAUCUGACGCCAUCAACGCAGAAGGCUUCACAGAUAUUGACCUUGAUACACUGGUGGCUGUCCUGGAGAGGGACACCCUUGGCAUCCGUGAGGUGCGCCUCUUCAACGCGGUGGUCCGGUGGUCAGAGGCCGAGUGCCAGCGGCAGCAGCUGCAGGUGGUCCCAGAAAACAAGCGGAAAACCCUGGGCAAAGCCCUCUCCCUCAUCCGGUUCCCCUUGAUGACCAUCGAGGAGUUCGCAGCGGGGCCAGCUCAGUCGGGCAUCCUGACCGACCGCGAAGUGGUCAGCCUGUUCCUGCACUUCACCGUCAACCCCAAGCCGCGGGUGGAGUUCAUCGACCGCCCCCGCUGCUGCCUGCGUGGCAAGGAGUGCAGCAUCAACCGCUUCCAGCAGGUGGAGAGCCGCUGGGGGUACAGCGGGACCAGCGACCGGAUCAGGUUCUCUGUCAACAAAAGGAUAUUUAUCGUCGGAUUCGGGUUGUACGGAUCCAUCCACGGCCCGACAGAUUAUCAAAUUAUUCACACCGACAGCAACACAAUCCUGGGCCAGAAUGACACCGGGUUCAGCUGCGACGGGUCUUCCAACACUUUCCGGGUCAUGUUUAAAGAGCCCGUUGAGAUCUUGCCCACUGUCAGCUACACAGCCUGUGCCACGUUGAAGGGCCCCGAUUCCCACUACGGCACCAAAGGGCUCCGCAAAGUGAUCCACGAGUCGCCAACGACGGGUGCCAAGACCUGCUUCACCUUCUGCUAUGCCGCCGGCAACAACAACGGCACGUCCGUGGAGGACGGACAGAUCCCAGAGAUCAUCUUCUACACAUAGGGGCCCCCGGUGGGGGGAUAGCUUGCUGCCGGGCGGACGGGCACGUGCCGCCUCCCUUCCUGCCGCCUCAUCUCUCCCCCUCCAUGCACACCCCUUGUGUGUCCUUCCCAGUUGAAACCGCAGGCCGUCCUCUGCCGUGCUGGCAGGAGGGCUGCUAGCCGGGGCUGGGGGCCCAGUGGGGCCGGCACCGGGAGCCCACUGACUGGACGCGUUCGCUGGCCUGAGCGGCUAGCAGUUCCUUCUGCCCAUGCUGGCAGCUCAGCUCUACCAUUGCAUUGUGAACCUAGCCGCUUCUACAUCCAGCUGUUGCAGUGGGGAGGCGGGGGCAGACUCGCUGUGGCGGGUGGACAGUCCCUGCCAAAAGAAGCCCCCCUCUGUGCCAGGAUCAGGCCAGACGGGGGGGAUGCGGCAGGGCAAGGAGGAAAUGUUUCUGACGGCUGUCGCCUGGCAAGGCUUGAUCCAGAAAGCACUUUCUGCAGGACCCAGGCUGCUCCUGCCCCUCGCCGGACAACUACCUUAUCGUGUCAAGGGACAGAUUAAAAAAAAAUAAAAAUGGGAUCGUUUUGGGAGGGACUCGUCCUUGACCGCGAGGCGGCGAGGGUGAUUUGCAGCCACAAAAAACUUGCCUUGUUUGAAGAGUAAUGGGAGUGGCUGAAGUCCCUGGACUCUGAUCGUCAGUAUGUUGCUUGCUGCUAAUAAUAAUAAUAAUGAUAAUAAUAAUAUAGUGCAACUCAACAAUGCAUUUUACUCUU